AUGUACCAACACUUCGUUCCUCAAUUUCUUCUUCGCAACUUUUCCCAUCCGUACGAGGAUGCAACGACUCCUAACAGCGCCCCAAAAGGCAAAAAAUGGCGCAAGAGAAGUGUGCGCAAGGAUGUAAAGCUAUUUCCGGGAGACCCAGUUGUUCAUAGUGCGGCAUUAACCAAAGAUCCGAUCGAGCUGGUUGAAAUGCCGGUGAAGCGCGUUCUUGGACAGAUGGAUAUGUACAAAGACACGAAUCAACCUCCUCCCAAGCAGCAGCAUAUCGAAAACAUGUUCGGCUGUCUAGAAUCUCGCGUCAGUGGUAUCUUCCGAAAGAUCACAAAGGGGUUCGAGGCGGGUGACUCCGGCUUGUGGCUCACGCGUAAGGAGCGGAACGAGGUCCGGAAGUUCUUGUUCUUGUUGAAAUACCGGGGGUCGGGCUAUCAUCGUCGGUUUUGUCAUCCUACACCCGAGGAAUAUGACUCGGAUGACAGAGAAAUCUUCCUGGAAUACAUCGCUGAGAAAGGAUUCGUUCGACCCAUCGACGUAUGGUUCCAUAACCUUAAGACUAUAAUGGAACUGGAGAUGGAUCCUGCAGGAGCGUGGAUGGAAACGGUCCGGAAGAGCAUGUAUCGCACCGAUGCGGAAAUGUUCAUCAUGCACACACAAUCUUUUUAUAUGUCCAUAUGUACCCCCGAGGAUCCAUCGGAUGAGUUCAUUAUCACGGAUGCAUGUUUCAAUGUUUUUGAGGGCCGAUCUCUAUACGCCAAUGAUGUCCGAACUAAACAGCCUGGCAUAGUGUCAUUCAUCAAUUUUCACGAAUUCGCACCGAUCUCGCCGAAGCUCAUCAUUAUUCUUCGAAGCUCCCUCUUUCCUGUACCUGAGGAGGAUGCGGACCCUGAGCAGAAGAAAAUUAGAAACGAGCUCCGUGCUGUUGCGGUGGAUAACAUUUUCGGGCAUGAGGCGUUGAAAUCCAGUCUACUCUUCGAUCUGCCAAUCAAGAAGGCCCGGAACUCUUACUCAACGAUCAUCCGAGGUGGAUCCCCAACUGAGUUCUGGGGUGAUUUUGAGCAGUCGAAACGAAUACCGGAAAUUGAGGUCCUUGCUAUGGAGAUAGAACACCAAUUGCGGAUAUUAGAGCAUGUCGAGAUUCGUGGCUUCGAUGCCACUCCGUUCUCAGAAGAUCAGGUCUUUGAGAUCCUGACUAGAAUCAAAAUACGAGCCAAGUUCGCAAAAGUCUUAGAACACAAGAUGAAGGCCAGAGCAUUAGAGGAGCUGAAGACGGUAUUUUUCAAGUACACGUACCCAACUCCACCGACCAGCCUGUAUAACAUAUGA